GAUAUGAUAUAAGGGUUUUGUUAGUUUUUGACCAUGUUAGUGUUUUUCCUUGUUUAUCAAUCCUUUUGGUAGUUCUUUAUGUGUGGGUGCGGCAUGUUAGGUCUUACGUUAAUGGACAUAGGGGUGACGAUUUCCGAAAGUGACACAUGUUUAAAAAAGAUUUUUAUUUAUUAGUAUAGAUAUAACAAAUUGUAAUUUUUGUUAAGGGUAAAAAUUAAUAAAUGUUUAAAAUAUUAUACUAAAAAAAACUUUGAAGAGAAUAAUUCUUUUUGGGUGAUGAUAUACAUUUGAAAGUUUGUUCAGCCGAUGAGUUUUUCUGGGAUUUGCUCCUACAAAAACGAGACCAAGAACAGGUAAUCGUGGCCAUCAAAACACACGAUCAAGAUCACAAUAUCCAACUCUCGUUGUCUGAUUCAAACGCUUGAUCACAACUGCUUCAUUAACCUAAUUCAGUAAUCAUAUUUGAACGAAAUGGAUCCACAAGGGCACGGGCAGGCCCCGGGAAGCAACAUCAUGGGCAAUGUGACUCAGUUAUCAUAUGCAACAAACCCGUAUGAUUCAACCCAAAUAAGCGGCAGAGCACCACCACUAGCACCGCCAGGCGGUGCAGUGGCUCAGCCCACUGCUGCCCAAUUGGCACAACAACAGUUGGCUUAUCAGCAACUCCAACAACAACAGCUGCAUCAACUGCAGCAACAACUCCAAUCAUUUUGGUCAAACCAGUAUCGAGAAAUCGAAAACGUCAAUGAUUUCAAGAACCACAGCCUCCCAUUAGCAAGAAUCAAGAAGAUCAUGAAAGCUGAUGAGGAUGUAAGAAUGAUAUCAGCAGAAGCACCGAUCGUGUUUGCUAGAGCUUGUGAAAUGUUCAUAUUAGAGCUGACUUUACGGUCAUGGAAUCACACUGAGGAGAAUAAAAGGCGGACCCUGCAGAAAAACGACAUUGCUGCUGCAAUAACAAGAACUGAUAUUUUUGACUUUUUGGUUGAUAUAGUUCCCAGAGAGGAUAUUAAAGAUGAAGCUAUGACAUCUAUGCCACCUGUAACUGUGCCAGUUGGCGGGCCUUCGGACACGUUCCCGUACUAUUACAUGCCAGCUCAGCAGUUACCGCAGUCGGGUGCACCAGGGAUGAUGCCAAAUAAGCCGAUGUUGGAUCCUGGUCUUUAUGCACAACAGCAGCCUCCACCGUAUAUGAGUUCGUCAAUUUGGCCACCAGCACCUCAGGAGCCACAAUCACCCUCGGAUUCAUAGAUGCUCAAGUGUUAUUCUUUUUAAAAAGUUUGCUCUUUUUCUUGAUACUUAAAGACUUUGGAGCUGGAUCUGUUCGUGAUCCGUAAACCGCUUUCGAGUGAUCCAAUCAGAAAUCAUAUCUGAAGCAGGCUGGUGUUGGAUGUCUCCUGUUAAGUCCUGGUAAAAGAAUUGUUUUCAAGUGGUUGAUUAUAUUGAUUAUUUUCUUUUAAUAAGGAAAUACAUGCUCUGAUUUCCCUAACAUUUUUGGGUUGUUGACAAAACUUCAAAUAUUUUUUAAGGUGCAUUGUCAAA